CACCGCCUCCAUUUUAACAACGACACCCGGCGGCGGAGCAGCGGGCGGCAGCGGGCGGCGGAGGAACACGCUCCUGCGGCGGGAUUGUGCCACUGACCCCCGGCGGUGGUUUUAAUUCCCCGAGCCUGAACGAGACCUUCUUUCUCGGAUGGCGGCGCUGCGGCAGGACGCAUCCGGGGCGGCGGUGGAUUUGUGAGGAUUUAACGGCUCGUUUUCUGCGCCGAAAUUUCUUCAUUUAGCGGAGGAGAGGAGGAGGGGGAUCGGCUUCGGACGGUCAGGUUCUCGGCGAGGAUGCGGCAGUGAGCCUGCUCAGAGCGCUGAUCGUUACCAUGGCGACAUUUGGCGGCAGCCAGGCGUGCGGCGGUCAGGACAACUGCUCGGCUCACAGCGAGUCCAAAGAUUACUGCUACUCUGCUCGCAUCCGCAGCACGGUGCUGCAGGGGCUGCCGUUCGGAGGAGUGCCCACCGUGCUCGCCCUCGACUUCAUGUGCUUCCUGGUGCUGCUCUUUGUCUUUUCUAUUCUACGGAAAGUUGCAUGGGACUAUGGCCGCCUGGCGCUGGUCACCGACGCCGACAGACUGAAGAAGCGUUUCAGCGACCUGGAGGAGCGGGAAUACGUUGCCUCGGCGAUGCACUCUGAGACACCCGACCGCUACGAACGACUCACCUCCGUUUCCAGCUCCGUCGACUUCGACCAGAGAGACAACGGCUUCUGCUCAUGGCUGACGGCCAUCUUCAGAAUAAAGGAUGAAGAGAUCAGGGAGAAAUGUGGGGAGGACGCUGUUCACUACCUUUCCUUCCAGCGUCACAUCAUCGGCCUGCUGGUUGUAGUCGGAGUUCUCUCUGUCGGCAUCGUCCUUCCCGUCAACUUCUCUGGAGACCUGCUGGAAAACAACGCCUACAGCUUUGGACGCACCACGAUAGCCAACCUGAAGUCUGGGACGAAUCUGUUGUGGCUCCACACUUCAUUCGCCUUCAUGUAUCUGCUCCUGACCGUCUACAGCAUGAGGAGACACACGUCCAAGAUGCACUACAAGGAGGACGACCUGGUGAAACGCACUUUAUUCAUUAACGGCAUCUCUAAAUACGCUGAGGAGAGUCAGAUCAAACAGCACUUUGAACAAGCGUAUGAGAACUGCACGGUGCUGGAGGCUCGGAUCUGCUACAACGUGGCCAAACUGAUGGCUCUGAAUGGCGAGAGGAAGAAGACGGAGCGCAGUAAGAAGUUCUUCACCGACCUGAUGGCGAAGGAACACGUUCCCACCAUGAUCAACCCCAAACCCUGUGGACACCUCUGCUGCUGCGCCAUCACCGGCUGCGAGGAGGAGGAGGCAGUCAGCUACUACACCAAGAGAGAGGCCAAGCUGAAGGAGGAGUACAGGAAGGAGAAGGAGAAGGUCCACACCAAACCACUGGGCAUGGCCUUCGUCACCUUCCAGAACGAGGCCAUGACCGCCAUUAUUUUGAAGGACUUUAAUGCCUGUCAGGUUCAGGGUUGUCGGUGUCGUCAGGAGCCACGUUCUUCUCAGUUCAGCGAGGUUCUUCAUGUUCACAACUGGAACGUUUCAUACGCGCCCGACCCGCAGAACGUCCGCUGGGAGCACCUGUCGCUGGGCGGGAUCUCCUGGUGGAUCCGCUGCUUCAUCAUCAACUGCAUCCUCUUCAUCCUUCUCUUCUUCCUCACCACGCCCGCCAUCAUCAUCUCCACCAUGGACAAGUUCAAUGUCACCAAGCCUGUCGAGUAUCUCAACAAUCCCAUCGUCACUCAGUUCUUCCCCACUCUGCUUCUCUGGGCUUUCUCUGCUCUGCUGCCCACCAUCGUCUAUUACUCUGCCUUCUUUGAGGCUCACUGGACCAGGUCUGGAGAAAACAGGACCACGAUGCACAAAUGUUACACCUUCCUGAUCUUCAUGGUUCUGCUGCUGCCAUCUCUCGGACUCAGCAGUCUGGAUGUGUUUUUCCGCUGGCUCUUUGAUAGGAAGUUCCUGGCCGAUGCCAAAGUCAGAUUUGAGUGCGUCUUCCUGCCGGAUAACGGAGCAUUCUUUGUCAACUAUGUCAUCGCCUCUGCGUUCAUCGGGAACGCCAUGGACCUGCUGAGGAUCCCCGGUCUGCUGAUGUACAUGAUCCGGCUGUGCCUGGCUCGCUCCGCUGCUGACCGCCGCAACGUCAAGAGGCACCAGGCCUAUGAGUUCCAGUUCGGAGCAGCGUAUGCCUGGAUGAUGAACGUCUUCACGGUGGUGAUGGCCUACAGCAUCACCUGCCCCAUCAUCGUCCCCUUCGGUCUGAUGUACAUGCUGUUGAAACACCUGGUGGACCGAUACAACAUGUACUAUGCCUACCUGCCCUCCAAACUGGACAAGAAGAUCCACUCCGGAGCCGUCACCCAGGUGGUGGCUGCGCCCAUCCUCUGCCUCUUCUGGCUACUCUUCUUCUCCACCGUACGCACAGGUUUCCAGACGCCGACCUCCAUGUUCACUCUGGUGGUGCUGAUCGUCACCAUUGUGGUCUGUCUGUCUCACGUCUGUUUCGGACACUUCAAGUACCUUAGUGCUCACAACUACAAGAUCGACACCAAGGAGAACGACGUGGACACCGUUGAGAACGGGCGCCCGGCUCGUCCCUCAUCCUCCCCCACCACCAAAUCUCAGCAGCAGCAGCAGCAGCAGCAGCAACAGCAGCAACAACAGCAGCUGCAGCAGCAGCAGCAGCAGAUGUACAUUGCCCAGGUGCUCCAGGACCCAAACUCAGACGAGCCUGGCGGCGGCAGUGGCGAGGAGGACCGCGGGUCGUCUCAGGACGAGGAGAUGCUGAAUGGAGGGAACAGCAUCAAUGAGGCGGAUUUCCAGUCAGGGGAGGACAGUCUGAUCGCCAACGAGGUCCACCAGUAGCUGGGGGUGGAUCCAGAGGGAGGGGGCGGAGCUAGUUGAGGGUCCAUACCCACACAACAUUUGGAAAAUAAAGCUGACUGGAGAAUCACUACACACACAGACAUACAAACAGAUCGAUACGGUUAGCUCCACCCCCUCCCAGCUCGAAGACUUGACCCUGACCUUUGACGCCGGCGCCAGGUCGCCAACAUCUAGCCCUGCACGUCUGUGGAAACUUGAUGGACAUCAAACUGUUUCACAGGAAGUCACUGUACAUAACCACAAAGCCAAAAGUUUUUUUGUUUUUGUUUUUGUUUUUUCUUCCUUUUUUUGGGGCUGGGGGACAGGGUUUAAAAAUUUGUGCCUGGGCUGGAUUUUGUUCGUUCGCACUCGUGUCUUGACUCCUGAUCCUUCCGCGGCUUGCCGGAACUCGACCGAGGGGUCAAAGCUGAUGCUGACGCUGUGUUUUUCCUCGGCCUGGUUGACGCCUCAAAACAAACCCCCGCUGUUGCCGCCGUCCUCCGGUUUUGGAUUGCUAAAUAACUCGCCAAGCUCUUGUAGUGAUAGAAGCCUUGCUUACGCAGACGCAUCGCAGUCUCCUUUCCCUCUGCGCUUUUUACCUCUUUCUUUUUGUGGAUGCCGUGGGUCGUGGAUUUUGCCGGUACAUUCAACACAUCCCCUGGAGGUUUUUUUUUUUUUUUUUUGACAGGCCAAGCUUCCGCUGCAUGUUGUUAAAUGUGCUGUCUGGACUAAAGACGUUGCCACCCUCAGACGAUGACAUCCUUCAAAGGACUGUAGUGGCCAAUCAGCCUCACCAGAUCUCCACCCUAGUCCCGGUAGCACAUGCUCCUACCUGCAGGAUGAACGUUUUCGGCUUUGCGCUUCAGUUGGACCACUCCUCAUCCGUCGAACAACCGGACUCAACAGGAGGUUUUGAUCUCACCUGAACUACCUUAAAUCAUGAACACCUGACAAAGGGAAUGGGGAUAUUUGUGUCUGUGUAGGUUUAGCAAUCAAAACUCUUUUCAUUCAUGGGGAGAUCUUUGUGAAGAUGAUCUGAUACGUCUGGCAGCAGCAGCAGUCGAGUAGUUUGAGCUCAGGUAGACACAGAAGAGCAGCGCUUUUCGACCGGACGGUCCACCCUCAACGCCUGAAGCUGUCGGGACUCUCAAGGGAAAAUGUUUUUCGUUUGUGUGUGUUUUGAAGUGUGCACUGUCUCUGUGUGUGUGUGUGUGUGUGUGUGUGUGUGUGUGUGUGUGUGUGUGUCCGGUAGCUUAUUGUACACCAACCUGCAUCAUGAAACGUUCAACAACAUCGCCAGGUAACCAAAAAACACCAUAACAUUUGGGUAAGAAGUUCCAGUGCUUCUCAAACCGGUUGUCAGUCAACUGUAGAAUUAGUACAGCGAAAUGGUUUCCUUCACUAUGGUACUAAAAUGUUUGCAUUUAGAAAGAAUACGAAUGUUUAUCUUACACUUCCUCUACAAACAUCAACAAUGUUCCAGUUUUUACUGCAUUACUGCUACAAUUCAAGCCUAAAUGGCCACACCAUAUUGAGUCCAACUGAAAUCACUUCACUUGUCAGGAAUUGCGGAUGAUUAUCAGUUUCAUCUGUUUGUCCAGGACAGAGAAGUCCAAGAUGUCUUAGCCUAGCAUAGCACAAAGACUGUAAGUAGGGGGAACCUUUUAGCCAAGUUGCUAGAAGAGAAAAAACAAAUCCUCACCUAACCUCUAAACCAGUCUGUCUGGUUUACAUGUUGUCUCAUCUUGUUUGCAUCAAUCUCUGUCUCUAAAAUCAGUUAGCCUAAUUUGAUAUUAUGCUCAAAAUAUUAGUUUCUUAGUCCAGUUAUCUUAAUUUUAGCUAGGUCUUCACCCAUGGCUCUAGCCAACAAUGUCGUCUCCUGGAUAGAUUGGUGACUAGCUUGCUAGCUAACAAGACUGCUUGCAAGGGCAAAGAAAAUCUGCUAAAAGCUAUGGUUUAGAUUUCAAUUCCCAUACAUUUUGACCCGCAGAUUUGCACCAUUGGCCAACAGCAAACCAUUCUGACAGAGUUGACCUUUGAGUGUAUGGAGAGCCAGAAGUCCAACAUGGAGGAAGCUAUUGUAGCUUAUUAGCUGUGUGUCACUAUCAAGUUUGAUUGAAGCUGCUCAUAGGACUGAUACUGCUUUUACUGAACUGUGGAGACUUUAGUGUCCUGUUAGUGACUGAGCUAACUAACAUGCUAACUGUUAAUUAGCUUGCUUCAAGCUGACUAGCUCAAAGAGUGUUUAUCCUCUGCAGUAACUCUUUAUUAAAUGAAAUUCAGAGAACAAAAUUUCGCUGAGUAGUGCUAGCAUGUUCUCAGCUGGCUGUGAGUCGCCGCUACAUCACCGAGAUGUGACACUUUAGGGUGUGACCAGGUAAAAGAGUUGUUGGAAGAUUUUUUUCUCUGUUGAUGGAGCAAGGCUAACAGUUUCUGGUCUUUGUGCUAAACUAGGCUAAGCAUGUUCUGUCUUCAUCCUGUGAUAUGUCUGAAUUGAAACUGAACUAUCAUGUUACCAAACGUCAAGAGAAAUGGUUUACGAAAAUGUAAAUUCUGACCCUUUUCAGCUGUUUGAGAAUUGACUUAAACUUCACGUUAAAGGCUUCAGCUGCAGCUCGGGUGAAGAAUAUUUUCGCGACGGAGGGAGUUUCAGUCGGUACUUUCCCAUGAUCCUCAUGGUGUCCGAUGAUGCGUGUCAGCCUGCGUUUUCAUGCUUAGCCUGUUAGCUCCUCAUGCCGCUCACUUCAUUCUUCUGCCGAUCUCUGCUUUCAGUUCUUCUCUGAACAAAAAAUAAGACACCUGCCAUCCAAUCAGAAUCUGGUAUUUUCUGUGUCCGUGAUACCGUGUGAGGAUUAACAUGUUUAAAAACUCACAUACUUGCUUUUAACUACACAUUCAGGUAUGCAUGAUGGUUACCAUGCUUAACCUUUGUUCUUCAGAGGGUUGUGAGCUCAAGUUACUGAGUCGCUUAGUUACUGUUGCUGUGACUGUCGGUCUUUACAUUAUAGAACGUUACGUAUAAAGUUUACAGCAAUAACGACAGCAGAUUUACCGUCAACAUUCAUUGUAGUAACUGAAACGUUGAAACUUUGAUUUCACGCAGAACCAGGCAAAAGCAGCUUCUUGUUUCUAGCUGGCAGACAUAGAUUUUCUUGGCUGAAAUGACAGCUGUCAGUCAUUGGCACAUUUUGUUAGCUGUAGCUAGCUAGCUGAUUAAGCUAACUGUAGCUCCAUGAGUUGGUUGAAAACUCUGUCUUCAAAAGACUGUGACCGCACAAAUAAGGUAGUUCGCUAAGGAUUUGCUAACUCUUAGCCCCGGUUACUACUGCAGGUAAUAAGCUAGUUAGCCGGACACGCUAACAUUAGUAGCUUAUAUUAGAGCAGAUAAACACACAGUUUAAUCGAUACCUCACACUAUUACCCUUGUGUUUUUGGUUUUGGAAAAACUUAAAAAAAAAAGACAACUCUGGCAGUUUACCAGGCAGGACAGGAAGGCUCUCGUGAAAGACUAUUCAGUUGUAUUAUGGGAAAUAGAGUUUGAGCAGUACUAGGAUCUCUUCGCCUCAGCUGCUCAGAAUCGGAAAGUUCUCUUUUUUAGUGUCUCUUUUGAGUCUAUCAGACUAUCUGUAAAGGACAUAUUCAAUCACUGCAGUGCCCCUUUAACUCUAAGAGAGGAUGUUGGCUCGAGAUAAUUUUGUUUUCAUUGGACAAAACUACCUUAAGUGACCUCUUUGAGUGUUGACAUUUAUAGUUUAAGAUAUUCUGGUGUCACUAGUGAUGAUUCAUCUCUGAUCUGCCCCCUAGUGGCCAACUUGAUUGAUCCUAAUAUUAUGAAGAACCCAUAAACAACCACACUCGCGUUGCAGCUGCUUGUCUGCAUGUGCGUGUAGCUAAAAAGCAAGUAUGAUGUUUGGAUGCGACGGGUCGGCAAAGGAGUUCACCGCCUCGUCGUUGCUGCCAUUACUGGUUGCGAUGGCAACGGGAAAAUGAUGCUGAUUUGGCAGCAGCAUCGUUAGGAAGCAAGGAAACGCGUUCAACGAAUAACACAAACUUUUAAACAUUUCAGCGCAGCGACGUGACGAAAUAGUCUCAGGUGUUGUCUAUUUCCUAAAAUAAUGUUUACAUCCGUUUUUGUUGCUUGUUUAAAUUUUUGUCAUGUUCUCCAGAGUGUGUGUGUGUGUGUGUGUGUGUGUGUGUGUGUGUGUGUGUGUGUGUGUGUGUGUGUGUGUGUGUGCGCGCAGCUGGACUAUGAAAGCUGUAGCCACCGGGACGUCGGUGUCAGUUGGUGGCUACACGCCGGAGAACCUGCAGCAUUUGUUUCCAGAUGUUUCAUUAUUUUGGUUUCCUGUUCACCCCCAGCGGGGCGUCUGCUGCCAGGCGCUCCGGCCGUGAUUGUAUGCACAUGAAACUGAAACGGAGGGAGAGCUCGCAGUGGUUCCCAGGUCUGAAUCUGAGUCUGGAGGUUCAACUCAGCAGUUCUCAACCCAGUGGCCCGGAGAAUGCCGCAGGCCUGGUUUCUGGAGGAGCCAGAUGGUUUCAGAAAAGGUUUCGGAUUAUUUCAAAGUACAAAAUGUUGUUGGUCUCCAGUUCGUACCAGAGAAGAAUCGAGCUUCGUAGCCAGUUCCAGCUGAACUAUGGCUGAAGCGUCGUUACCCCUGUAGGUCGCCACUUGCUGAUGGUUUUCUGUUAAACCUUCUUCCUCUGCUCCAGCGUCACUGAGGAAGAUUCGGCAUCUCGAAAUCGAUCCCACAAUCUCACCCCAAGGUCCAUCCGGAAGCUGUUAUUGAGCUUUUGAUCGUAUCUCAUGAUCUUCAUCAGCGGAUGUAGUUGCCAUCCAAUCGUAGAUGUUUGAAUUUCCAUUUUUGUCCUGAUCACUUCCCGGACCUUUGCUUCCAUUUUGGCUUCGGUUAUUCAGCAAACUUCAGUUUCCAAGGUCAAGAUGAACCGCGACUUUUCACGAGGUUCUCAAAUCCCCAGAACACGUUGAAAUCAAGCUUCGAUUAUCACAAAAGCACAUUUAUCAUUUUGACUCACGUUUAAGCGACGCGAGAUCCCAGAUCCAACAGUCUGUCGCAUUCGGUUUCCCACAAUUUUAACGGACGGCAGCAGUUUCUUAAACACAAGCAUCCAGACCUCCUCCAGCAACCAGACCCCCGGAGGCCGAAAGGGUUAAAACGUCAUCUCGCAGGGUUAGUGGUCUCGGUUCUGGUUCCUUCCGGUUCCGAGGAGCUGCACUGAAGGUUGAGAGCUGCUGCGUUCACUGACAUCUCGGGGUUGCAGAAGCUGAAGACGCUCGUUAAAGAAGAGUCUGUAUGAUAUUUUUGUAACCUGCUGACUGAGGUAUUUGAUACUGAACCUGUAUUAAAGACACGUUGAUAGAUGCGACGAUGCUGUUGUAACAUGUAACUAAAGGUUUUUAAUAAUCAGCCGCUGCUUUUUGCUUUUCGUAGUUUUUUAAAUCGUUGCUGAAGUUAUUGAAGUUGUGAAAAGACCAAUGUGAACCGAAGAGUUUGAAACUAAACAUCAGCCGAAAGCUACUGAAACUGAACAAAUGUGUAUAAUAUGAAAUGUGUAAAUAGCCGUCGAACCGCACUGUCGUCCUUCGAGACCGACGGGACUCGGCGUCUCAUCCCACUGACUCCAAGCUAACGGUCAGCUGGUCCAUCUCAUGCUUUUAAGUUAUUGCUGGGACACUAUUUAUUUUGACUUUACUUUCCAGGUUGUAUGUACAGUGAAACAUUUGUCCUAUUUAUGUUACUUGAUCAAUAAAAUUGGCUUUCAUCCGUC